UAGAUUUAUCUAUUUGACUAGCUCUCCUGUUAGGUUAGAUUAUUGCAUUAUUUAUACUCUAGUCAAUUUAUUUUUGUAAAACGUUUUUUUUUGUAAUGUAACUUAACAAAUAAAUGUAUUUACUUACUUACUUACAUUAAGGCUGUUUUCCAAAUAAAAAUUAAAGAAUCCUCUGUUUUCAUAAAAAAAAAGUCCUGAGUUAUCUAUCUAUUGAAGUUCUGCUGAAAUUUUAUCAGACAUUAAUAAUUUGAAAAACACACCCAUUUAGAUUAUAAUAAAUUAUUUCUAUGGGAUGGAAGAGAUUAAUUAUUGUUAGAAACAUGAUAAUACUUGUGAUGGUAAUGCUGAUUCUGUUAUAUUCACAUGAAAUAUCAAAAUCUUUUUCUGCAGCAUUGGAAAAAAGUGAAGAAACCAUAAUAAACUUUGGUGAACUUCAACAUUAUUCGCACACUGUUGUUACUAAUGUCACCCAAAAGUGCAACAAAUCAAUCAACAUCCUUAUCCAGUUUGUCAAUGCUAAGGAAAAUAGAAAACUUCAGAAGAACUUAUUCAACUUUUUAGUAUCUCUCUUGAGUCGAACACGUUGUCACAUCACACUUUACAUCACAAGUGAUAAAGAUGGAAAAGGCAUUGCUGAAGCAAUAUUUUCAACUUUUCAAAAAAGUUUUACUUUAUUAGUCUUACCAAAAAGGAUUUAUUUAGAUAUUUCUGUGCUGGCAAAACAGUUAGUUCAUGUAAUAAAACCGUUACAGGAACUGUUCAGUUCAAAUGCAAAUGCUUACUACAAAAACGUCCUGUUCUUUAUUCCAACAGCUAUUCAUCGUGUUCUUCCCCCUAAACUCUCCAAGAUAAUCAUGUUAGAUAUCGAUUUGCAGCUGCGUGUAGACAUUAUGGAUUUGUUUGCAUUCUUUGAGUUGAUGAAUGCUACUCAAAUUAUUGCAAUUGCACAAGAACAGCAACCUGUUUAUUGGCAUAUUACGUGGGACUAUAGAGAAAACAAUCCUGGCACGUUGAUUGGAGCACCCCCACCACAUGGAUUAACAGGUUUUAACAGUGGUGUGAUGUUAAUGAACUUAGAUGCGAUGAAUAAUAGCAAACUUUAUAAUACCUACUUAGAUGACAAGGUAAAGCUUGCCCAACUUGCAUUGAAAUAUAGUUAUAGAGGUCACUUGGGUGAUCAAGAUUUUUACUCACUUCUAAGUUUUGAGCAUCACGAAUUGUUUUAUGUUUUGCCAUGUCAAUGGAAUCGACAGUUAUGCGAAUGGUGGCGGCAUAAUGGAUAUGGUGAUAUAUUUGAUCAAUAUUUUAAUUGCUCUCAACCGUAUCACAUACUGCAUGGGAAUUGUGACACCCCUAUUCCUUCAAAUUUUUGAGAACUGUCAAUACUAUUUGAACUAGUUUUGUGAAAUACUAGUAAAAAAGAAAGUUUUUUUCUUACCCUUGGGUUUUGUGAGAUUCUUCUCAGAAUCUCAAUAUUUAUAUUUCUAAAUUUUUACAUGUUAUAUAAGUCUGGAUUUUUUAAUUUGUUUGCUUUUUUUACAUUUAUGUAUUUUGCAUUUAUAUAUAUGCCCUAAUUAUUUAUAGAAAUUUUUGUACUCAAAUAAACAUGUGUUUGCCAAAAAUCAUCUUUACCAUCUUUCAAUUAGCAAAUCUUCACUUCUUCUAAUAAAUCAGCUAUCGUUUUGACAAGAAUAUUCAUUUAUUUAUUUAAUCAUCUUUUAUUUAUUCUUAUUUAUUUUACAAGGUUUGUAUUUUAAGUUUAGGUGCGGGUAUUGUGGCAGCUUAUCUGAAUUGAAAACUAAAUUUUUAAGCCUAAGUACCAAGAGCCAUUUAGUGCUUAAAAUUAGCCAAAAAAAACAUCCGUGUAAAAUGUGUAAACAGACUAUUUCCUCAUUAAUUUUUAUUUUUUAUGCACAUAUGCAUAGUUUACAAACUUAGAUAAAUGGAGUAAUUCAUUGUCUGACCAAAGUCAUGCAAGGCUCCUGACACCCAGCAUACUUGCAACACUUAAAAGGAUUAGAAAUUUGUUAUAUAUUAUUAUUAUGAAGUGUAAGAUAUUUGAAUAUAUUAAGGAUUUUAUACUUUAUUCAUUGUAAAUAUUUCUCGUUAAAUUUUUGUACUAACUCUUAAAAUGGUAAAUGUAAUUUAAAACAGAAGUUAAUGUUACCAUAGUCCUUACAUUACAUACAAUGAAAAAAUUUGCAAUCUUUGAUUUAUUAUAUACAAGAAAACUUUAACAACUUCAUAGUAACAA